AGCAGACGACAAUCAAUAUUCAUCAUUCCUCGUCAUGCCACCUCUUAUUUCGACAUUCAAUAAUGAUUUAGACUGAAAAAAGGAACAAAUCCAGUACUUUCCAACGAUUUCUCUGGACGAUUUUUAUUUUGAAACCAUUCCAUUACUUUUCAUGGGUGUGUCAAAGGCAGCAAAUGUAUUUAAGUGUUAGAAAUGGCUCGAGACUGCAGAUGUGUAGUGUAAACACAAUACUUUGGCCGAAUGCUGGCGCUUCGUUAGGACUCUUAUCUCAGAGUUGCAGUCAGUCUGGUCUCAACCUUUGUCGUCUUCAGAGACGCCGUAGCAAUAGCAUCACGAUGGGAGACACCAGCCCUCGCGUUCUCUCGAUACAGAGCCAUGUAGUUUCGGGUUAUGUGGGCAACAAAAGUGCCACAUUUCCAUUGCAGGUCUUAGGAUUUGAUGUUGAUGCUGUAAACUCAGUCCAGUUUUCAAAUCAUACUGGGUAUGGCUAUUGGAAAGGACACGUAUUGGCUGAACAAGAAUUGGUUGAGCUAGCGGAGGGACUUGCUCACAAUGGACUUGAUUGUCAUUAUACCCAUUUACUGACUGGUUAUAGUCGUUCGAAGUCUUUCCUGUCGCACAUUGCCAAUAUUGUCUGCGAGCUACGCAAAAAGAAUCCAGGCUUGAUAUAUUUAUGUGAUCCUGUUAUUGGUGACAUUGGCCGUGGUGUAUAUGUUCCAUCAGAUUUAAUUGAAGUGUACCAGAAAACCAUCAUACCAAUAGCUAACGUUGUUACUCCCAAUCAAUUUGAAUUGGAGAUUUUGACUGGUAAACCUGUGAAGUCCGUUGAAGAUGCAUGGGAAGCAACUGCAGUAUUACACAACAUGGGUCCACAAACUGUUGUUAUCUCAUCAUCAGAACUGGGAGAUGAUGAUUCUCUUCUCUGCUUAGCAAGCAUGAUAGUUGAGGGAAAGAGAGAAAGAGCAAUAGUUACUUUCCCGAAGCUAGAGGGCUCCUACACAGGUACUGGUGAUUUAUUCUCUGCACUCUUCCUGGCUUGGAUGUGGCGUUCCCAGCAAAAUUUAAAACAAGCUUUGGAGUUUACUGUCGCCACAAUACAGGCUAUUUUACAGCGUACCAUAGCACUAAAGAAUGGUAAUAAUGAAAAGUCAGUCUACCAAAAUGAGCUAAAGCUUAUUCAAGGUAAGAGUGAUAUUGAGAAUCCAAAAGUAAUUUAUCCUGCUACUCUACUUAAAGAAUGAAGACCCCAUCACACUUUGUGAAUUAUUGGAUAAACAUAUAACCAAUCAACUAUCUCUAAUUAUCAAUAUCAAGUGCUUCAACUAGUUCUUGGUCAGUAUUUUGUUGCGCAUAUCACUGCAUAUAUUUACUAAAUUUCUAUGCUUUACGCUUAAUCAAACAAAAUCGAAGUCUUAAAAGUCAUCUGUACACACUUGGAUUUUAGUCAUUUCUCCCGUGCAUUGGUUUUUCCAAAAAUAACUUGCAUCAGUGAGGGUAUCCUAUAAUUUUAUAUACUACCGUAAAUAUAAGAAAAAUUUGUUGCAAUGACAAUAAUUUAAACUGGAACUUAGUUGUUCAGAGUAACUAAUAAUCAUGAAAUGAAUCUUUUAAAUGGAAUUUAUUGUAUUUUCCUGAGUAUAAGACCCCCUUAGAUAUAAGAUCCCCUUCCACUUUUAAGACCCCAAAUUCAGGAAAUGAAAAAGGGUUUCUUUUUUAGUUUGGUGUCCAUGCUAAGUGUGUUCCCUCUUGGCUUAAACCUUCCCAUAUAAGAACCCUUCCCCCAACCCAUGUUGCUCAGAGACAAAUUUUUAGGCCAAUAAAAGGGGAGUCUCAUAAUUGGGAAAGUACAGAAAUUAUAAUGAUAUCCAUGAUGUUUACUGUCUUGAAUAGUUCUUUAGUUUUGAUUGGUAUUUCAGUUGUGAUAAACAGUAUUGUACGCAUUUUGUUUUUCUGUUAUCUUACAUUUCUCAGAUAUUUCACCAUGUCUUUAUUGGACUGGUCCGACCAAAGAAGUUAAAUCUGUAGGUUUUUGAGAGGAAUCGUUUUUUGACUUGUCUUCCAUUUUAAUCAUAAUGUAUUUUAAAUGAGUGGUAUAAGCCCACAUAAAUGUAUAUCACUGUUAAAAAUAAAGCUACAUUAAAAUUUGUUAUCCUUA